AUGAGUGAAAUGAGUCGUGAGCUUUCAAUUGAUAUGCUCAGCAGCUUGCCAGAUGCAGCCAUAUGCCACAUUCUCUCCUUCCUCAAGAUAAAGAUCAUUAUGCGGCACAAGGCGAAAACAUUGCAUACUCUUCGGCUCGGCUUUAUAAGGUGCAAUGAGUAUCAACUGGAGACAUGGGUCACCACUGCCAUGGAGCGUAACAUCCGGAAUCUUCAUAUCGAUUUAGGCAUUGGCCGUAUUGCUUUCUUGCAUCAAACCCACUUCACCUGCAAAACCAUGGUCGACAUGAGGCUCGAUAACGCCCAAGGUUUGCCUUCAACUGGGAACAUAUUUUUGCCUAGCCUCAAGAAACUUCAUCUUUCUAAAGUUGUGUUUGAGGAUGAUGAAGCUCUUCAGCAAUUGCUUUCUGGCUGUCCUAUGCUCCAGGAGUUGAUCCUGAAUGAUGUGUUCGGAAGUAGAGAAAUCCAUAGUUAUGUUAAUCUAUCAUCAUCGACGAUAAAAAGGCUGGAGUUGAGUUUAGAACGUAUUUGUAGACCGAAGGACCUGAACUAUAAGAUUUUAAUAGAUGCACCGGCAGUUAGAUGUCUCCGUGUGGGUAGAUGUGAUUUGGGGUGCAUCGUCAUUCCAAUAGAUAUGACCUCCUUGCUUGAGGCCAACAUCUGCUUUAGACAAUGUUGUGGGUGGAAGUUCAAUAACCAUAACCAAUCCAAUUUGGUCGAGUUUUUUAAUCAUUUGCAUCAAAUCAGGUGCUUAAAGAUAUCAUGUUGUUGUUACAUGCAGGUUGUUGGUUCGAUUGAAAAGUUUAAUAAUUUGACCAAACUUGAACUCCAAUUGGGUGUUGAAUGGCAAUUGCUUGUAGAGUUUCUUGAAGUUGCUGAUAAUCUUCAAGUCCUUAUUGUAACUGGAUCUUGCCGAUGCAUUGGUGUUCAUCAUAAUGUAGAAAUUCGUGGUUCUUGUAUGGAGCCGAAACAAGUGCCUAAAUGCCUACCGUCGUCUCUAAAAACUAUAGCAAUUAAGCAACCAUGUUUUGACGAGCAUGAACUUGAUCUGGUGUGUUAUCUUCUGAGGAAUUCUCAAGUACUUGAGAGAAUGGAAAUAUUACCCCGAAAAGUCAUAUCAACUUCGACUUGGAGUGGUUUUCUUAAAAAUGAUCUCACUGAACAAUUCAAAGCGCUUCAGAGAAUUGUAUUGUUUGAGCGAGGUUCCAAGGCAUGUCAGCUUGUGAGUGAAUAUUGGACUGAGCAGGUUAAUGGUGGGCAGUAA